GACAGGGAAGAUGAAAAAAGUUACAGUUGGACUUUCAUUCUUUCAUUGCGUGACAGAAUCAACAUGGGGGAGAAACCCUACAAAUGUAGAGAGUGUGGAAAGAACUUCAGGAGCAGCAGCCAGGUUACUUCCCAUAGGAGAAUCCACACGGGGGAGAAACCCUAUAAAUGCCUGGAGUGUGGGAAAAGCUUCAGCUGGAGCAAUGACCUGACUUGCCAUAAAAGGAUCCACACGGGGGAAAAACUUUAUAAGUGCUCUGAGUGUGGGAGGAGCUUCAGGAGGAACAGUCAGCUUGCUUACCAUAAAAGACUCCAUGCGGGAGAAAAACCGUACAAAUGCAUGGAGUGUGGAAAGAACUUCCUAUGGAGCUAUCAGCUUACUUCCCACAAAAUGAUCCACACAGGGGAGAAACCCUAUAAAUGCCCUGAGUGUGGGAAGAGCUUCAGGAGGAGCAGUGAACUGACGUCCCACAGAAGGAUUCACACCGGGGAGAAGCCUUAUAAAUGCAUGGAGUGUGGGAGGGGUUUCAGGGGAAGCAGUGAACUGACCUCCCAUAGGAGGGUCCAUACGGGAGAAAAACCGUAUAAAUGCAUAGAAUGUGGGAGGACCUUCAGGAGGAACAGCCAGCUUGCUUACCAUAAAAGACUCCACUCGGGAGAGAAACGGUACAAAUGUAUGGAAUGUGGGAAGAACUUCUUCUGGAGCUAUCAGCUUGCUUCACAUAAAAUGAUCCACACAGGAGAGAAGCCAUAUAAAUGCACAGAGUGUGGGAAGAGUUUCAGAGGCAGUCGUGAGCUUUCUUGCCAUAAAAGGAUCCACACAUUGGAAGAAUUGCACAAAUGUUUGGAAUGUGGAAAGGCCUUCAGGAGCAGAAAUGAGCUCACUUCCCAUAGGAAAAUCCAUCCAAGGGAGAGACCAUACAUAUGUAUGGAGUGUGGAAAAAGCUUCUCUUGGAGUUCUCAGCUUACUUCCCACAAAAGGACUCACUCGUGUGAGAAUCCAUAUAAAUGCGUGGAUUGUGGGAAGAGUUUCAGGGAAAGUAGUGAAUUUACUUCCCAUAAAAAGAUCCACUUGGGCGAGAGACUGUAUAAGUGUAUGAAAUGUGGAAAGAGCUUCAGAAGGAACAGCCAGCUUUCCUGCCAUAAGAGAAUCCACACAGGGGAAAAACCAUUCAAGUGUGUGGAAUGCGGAAAAAGCUUCCGUCAAAGCAGCCACCUCAUUUCCCAUAAAAACAUCCAUACAGGAGAGAAACCCUAUCAAUGCAUGGAAUGUGGGAAGACCUUCAAGAGGAGCAGUGAACUCGCUUCCCAUAAAAGGAUCCACAUGGGGGAGAAGCCAUAUGAAUGAAUGGAUUUUCAGCAAGAGCAGUACCCUUGCUUCAUAUGAAGGGUUCAGACAGAAGAAAAACCCUAUAAAUGUGUGGACUCCAGGAGAACCCCAGAGAAGCAGGCAGUUUCCCUAGACUAGACUUGCCUGGUUUUUUUUAUGCAUACCUUGUCUUCUUGGUAUGAACUAAAAAAACAUACUCUGAGUCAUGACUCCUUGCUACCUUAAGCCUGAUUUUUGCCAAGACCUGAAACCAACAGCCACAAGAAAGAAUUAAUUUACUGGGGGAAGAUUUCUAACAAUAGGGGUAGGCAGUUUUACAUAAGAUGAAUGGGCUUUUGUCAUACUAAUGUGCCAACACUGUUGCACCAAAAAGAAUACUGUGCUUUAGUUUAUGCUUUAUAAUGUUCACAGUCUCAGAUGUUUUGUCACCAACAUAUAGAAUUCAAGU